ACCAUGCUCCGGGGAUUAGCUAUUUAAAGUUCAGGCACUGCGCGCCACAGAAACCUUCCCAUACUGCCAAUAAGGACGCAGGUUUGAGGACGUGUAGCGCUCCGAGGACGCACACUGAACCACAUUCUAAUGAGAGAAGCGACGAGGAACGCAGAUGAGGAGUGAAUAAAAGCAUUUCAGCUGGACAAAUAUCAACAGAUAUCCACUUUCUUUGCCUAUACAAGUCUAUUCCACCAGGCGGCUCUGUCAUGGGUGUGAAGAUGCUGCAGUGUUUUCCCUUCUACAGACGCUGUAAAGAGCGCUGCAAGAGCAGACAGUGCCCCCCAGCAGCAGUUCCCAUUGAGGAGAUGAAACCACGUCUGUCCUCCACAACAUCCUGGGGCAGCGACAGCGAAGGAGCAGGGAGCCUCAGUCGGGGCUCGCAGAUCUACUUCUCCACCAAGGCCAGGCUGUCCUUCAGGCAUCAGCUGGACAGCAACAUCAACGCAGUGGACGCCACCUACUGAGAAGCCUGCAGAGGAGCUUAACGGACUCAGUUUUCCAUCCUGUUUUUGCCUGGAGGCCGCGGUGCAGAGCUGGGGAGCCUGUAGCUGAGCGAAUGCAUCUAACGUCACCUUUAGAUGCGAUCAACGGUUAUUGUGCAGAGCUGCAGGUCGUAUUUGAUCCUCUUGCUCCUCGCCGCCCACACAGAACUCUUCAUGGUUAAUCAGAUUCAACAAGGGACGGAGGAAAACAGACUGACAGAGACUUGGUUUUUAGAUGUCAUGAGACUGAACAGGGUGGAUUUACUGCCGAACCGACAUACUCACGAGGUGGAAGACAAGAUAGUUUGUUUACAGCAUUCACUACCAAUAAGUGCAUUACAUUUUUUUUUAAACUGCAUUUCUUUUUAUCUCUAACUACUUGCUGAUUAGAUCAUGGAUGGCAUUAAAGAGGGCUUCACAGUGUAAUUAUAUCUGUGUCACAAGUAUCACAAGUGACUGAAUCAGUUCCAAAAACCGAGAACUGUGCUGAUUUUCUAACCCUGCUCUGUGAAACAAAAAACCACAAGCUAAGAGUGAAAUGUAUCAGGAAUCACUCUCUAACUGGCUGAUUGCACAAGAGUCAUGUUGACAUUGUGUAGAAUACAGUUUGAGGAUGUUUAGCAGCUGAUUUGCUUCGAGUUAGUUCCUUUUUGAAAACCCAUGAAGUCAACUGAGCUGCACAGCAACUCGAUUUCUUUUAUGCAUUCUGUUAGUCAUGCUUUUAAUAUUUUUUUAACUAAAAAAACGUCUUGGUUGUUAAUAAAAUUCAGACUUUUUAGGAAACCCUAACUGCAGAUUUGAAGGAUGAACAGGGGUCUGAGCUGAUAACAAGCAGGCAAGAAUGUAAAUGUUGGUCCCAAAAAAGACAAAUGAUUCAAAUCCACAAGGUCAAAAUCUUCAUUUACAACUAAUAGAUUAAAAAAAAAACAUUUGUAUUGAAA